AUGACAAAAAUUCACUGAAUAUUUGAAAAUGAACGAACAGCUUACUUUUUAUCCGAAAGACGAGCUCACUUCUAGGGGAUUUGUUAAAAAAUUAUAUGAUAGUAAUAGUUCAUAUAACGGUGAUAGUGCGGUAUUGCAAUCGUUGAACAAAAAGCCUGUGUGUAUCAUUAUACUCGGUAAACCAUGCUCAGGAAAGACUGAAUUGGCCAGGAGGCUAUGCUCAAAAUGGAAAUUGCAGCUUGUUAACCCAAUGGAACUUAUAACGGAGAAUAUUAAUAGGGCAACAUAUAGUGGAAAAGUUAUUAAUGAAUUAAUGGGAAGUGGUCAACCUUUGGAUGAAAAACUAGUUUACAAUUUAAUUACGCAAAAGCUUGAGUCACCUGAGUGUGCCCAUUAUGGAUAUGUACUGGAUGAUUUACCAGCUUUCUCUGAUUCAAUAAUUACUAUCGAAGAACAAAUCGCCUGUAUUACAUCUCUGAAUCUGAAGCCGGACUUCAUUGUUCACAUCAAAAUUCCUCAAGAGGAUAUCAUACGAAGACGUGAAGGACUGAGAAUUGAUGUGGAAGAUGGAACUGUAUAUUCCAGCCAAAAUUAUACUGACGAAAUAAAAUCAUUUUGUGAACCUGAAGAAAAAUUUUUAAACAAAACAACGAAAGUUAAACAAAACAAAACUGAAGAGGAUACAGAUGAUAGUUCAGAUAAUAUACUUGAAGAUGUUGAAGCUAUGGAAGAAGUUAAUGACGAAGAGGAAGAAGAUCAAAUUAGUGGACAAAGUCAUCCAGAUUUCAAAAAAUUAAAUAAGAAUAAAUUAGAAUAUUUAAUUUCACGAUUGGAAGACAAUCCAGAGAAAAUGAAAUCAGAUUUAGAAUAUCAUGAGAAAAAUAUAGCAUCACACAUAAAUUCUUAUAUGAAAAUGUUCAAUCCAUUCAAUGUCAUUGAAUUAGAUGGAAAUCUAACCCCAACUGAACUGUUUUAUAAUCUACUGGUUAAAUUACAAGGUAUGAAUUUAUAUCCAUCAGUAGCACCAAUAAGAUUUUUCGGUCCAACUGGGGGAGGUGAAGAGGAAGAAGAAGAAGAAGUCAUUCCUGAAGAUAUAGAUACUGAAGAGUUAUUUAGAAUAGUAGCUACCAAGAAAAUGCCUGGUCCAAGGGCUCGUUGGCAUAAAAGCCCAUGGAAACGUUUAUGCCCUGUAGCAUUAUAUGAAGGUCAGUUGUCUAUGGGAAAACCAGAAUUCACAGUUGGCUAUCUUGGACAAAUAUUUUGUUUAGCAAAUAUUGACAAUUUUACAUCAUUUAUGCAAAAUCCAAGACCUUAUUUAUUACCACCUCAACCAAGACCACCAUUUCGUGUUGUUGUACUUGGUCCUAAAGCAUCUGGUAAAACAGAACUGAUUCAUAUAUUAGCUGAAUCAUAUAGAGCAAAAAUUAUUGAUAUAGCUGGAAUGCUUCAAGAAGAAUAUAAUACAAGAGUAUGUGAAAAAUUGAGAGAAAUUCAAGAGAAAACUGAAGCGAUUGUAGUCAAAGAAAUAACGGAAAAACAACAGUUAGAAAUUCAGUCAUUAAACUCAGAAAAAGUGACUGAGGAUACAAAUGAAAUAACUGAACAAAUAGUGACAAGUGAAACAGAAGAACAAAUCGCUAAAGAUGAUAAGGAUUCACAAGAAGGAGAAAAGACAAGUGAAUUGGAUGAGAAAAAAGAGCAAUCACUAUCGUCUGACAUUCCACAAUAUUUACUUCAACCAGUCGUUAAAGAUCAUCCAGAAGUUAAAAGGCGUGUUGCAGAAGCUCUUCAGAGUAUUAAACGGGAGUCAUUUGAAAUCGAAGUAGAUUUUUACAUAAAUGCUGUUCGUGCCGCAGUUGAUGAAGCUGAAACUAAAUUACGUAAUGAUAAUCCAGGUGGUCCAUAUCACGGUCAGUGGAUUAUUGAUGGUCUUCCUGUACGUCCAGAUGUUUGGAGAAGUUUCACGGAGAAUGCUCCAGAAUUGCUGCCUGAUUUAAUUGUUUACUUACAAGAUACAAGUAUAAAUUCAGAGUACUUACUUCGACGAUGGAUUCAACUAAAAUUAGAAGAAUUCAGUGACAUAGAAUCAGUUGAUCUAACUGAGAAUACUGAGAGUAUAAUUACUCAAGAUCUUGAAAGUGAACAACCUAAAAUAUCCGAGGAAACCAUUCUUCUAAGUGGAAGUCAUGGUCAAGCUGCCCUAUUGAGACUUAAAGAGGCAGAAAAAUUAUGGACAGAAAGUUUUGAUUUGUUAAAGCGAACAACUCAACCGUUAGGUGCUCCUGUUGAUGUUAUGGAAUUGAAUAUAACUGAUAAGACAAUAGAUCAAAUGAGAGAUGAAGUUUUAAAUCGUCUAGUUAAACAAUUUAAAACAGAACCGAUAGCAAAGACACAGGAGGAUUUAGAUGAAGAGGAAGAAGAAGAUGCUGGUGCAUUUGAAGAGGAAAUUGAUGAGGAAUUUAGUAUAGAUGAGGAAGGUAUAGAAGAAGGCGAAGAAGAGAAUGAACAAAAGGAAGGAGGUGAAGAACUAGAAGAAGAGGAAGAGGGUGAAGAAGAAGAAUCAGAUUCAAGUAGAAAUUUACAGAAAAAAUUAGGCUUAACAAGUUAUUUUUGUCCAGUAACAUUAUGUGAAUAUGGUGUAUUGCGUGCUGGUGAUCCAGAAAUUGUAGCUGUUCAUCAAAAUUUAGUUUAUUACUUUUCUAAUGAAGAGGCCAGAUCAAAGUUUAUGGAAAAUGCAAAUGUAAUAUUAAAUGGUUCAAAUGGAUUAUUAAAGCCUCCACCGCCAAGAAUCUUAAUACUUGGACCAACUGGUACAGGGAAGUCUUUGCACAGUCGUCAAAUAGCAUUGAAUUUAAAUCUAGUACAUAUUGAUUUCUUAAGUUUAUUACAAGAGAUAACAUUUCCAAAACUUGGUAAGAGGAUUGGUAAACAGUAUGCAGAUCAAGAACCUAUACCGGAUAUUGUAUUACCUCCACUUGAAGAGUCAGUAAAUGAAAAUGAUGAGAAAAGAGAAGCAUCAGAGGAUGUAAUACAAAAGCCAAAUUUAACAGAAAUAACAGAUGAGUCAGAUAAAUCGCUUUUGUUAGAUGAACAUGAAACAAAUGUUUAUGAAUAUCUAUUAAAUUCUACAUCAAUACCUAAUGAUACAUUAGAAUGGUUACUUGGAAAGUUUUGGAAACAAGAACCAUAUAAAUCGACUGGUUUCAUACUGGAUGGUUUUCCUCAAAGUGUAGAGGACCUGCAGUUUUUAGUAACAUCAAACUAUUUUUUUGAUUAUGCAAUAUUUUUAACCGCUGAAGCUGAUGAAGUUGUCUCCAGAUUAUUACCACCUAGACUAGAGAUAUGGCGUAAAUUGAUGGCAAAAAAAGCUGAAAACGCAGCUAAAUUGAUGGAAUGGAAAACUGCCAAAAAGAAAUUGGCCUUGGACAAAAGACGAUCGGAAAUACUUAAGGAAUUAGAAGAGAAGAGAGAAAAUGCAAGAAUGAAACAAACUUCUGAUGAUCCGGAUGUUGAAGAAGAUGAAGAACUGGAGGAUGAAGUUGAUAUUGAUGAAAUGCUGGCAGAAGAAUUUGCUGAUGAUGAAGAGGAAAUGGGUGAUGAGGAAGAAGAGACUGAAGCCGAUGUUGUAGAACGAUUAACAGAAGAGAUCACUGAAACAUUUAAUGAUUCGAAUGAUGUUUUUACAGAAAUAUCUGAACAAAUUGAUGAUUUAUCUAUACCAAAGUAUGAAAUUAAUGCUGGUGGUAAAAUUACAUGGGCUCGUUAUCGAAUUGUUAAACGCUUACAUAGUUUAUUAGAGAACCGAAACUCAUUAUUUGAACGUGUCUAUCCAGUUACACCAAAAAUUGCCGAACGUUUGUUAGUUAAUGGCCAUUAUUUUCCAAGCUCAUACGGUCGAUGGUGUCCAGUUACAUUAUACUUUCAAAAUGCAUGGCUUCCACCUAUUCCAAUGCCUAAUAUAAAAGUUGGUAAUCCGAAAUAUUUGAGUAAAUUACCUGGGAUUAUUGGUGAAACAUUACCCUUAGUUAAAGCUAAAACAUGUGCUGCAACUUAUAAACAACAUAUCUAUUGGUUUAUGAAUUCUAAUGCUCGUGGAUUAUUUAUGAAGAAUCCUUUGAAGUAUACACAGAAAUAUACAGAUCCACCAUUUAGAGUACCAUUAAGAUUACAUAUUAUAGGACCUCCGAAAAGCGGCAAGACAACUAUUGCUCAACGUUUAGCUAAAGAAUAUAAUAUACCUGUAAUUAAUGCUGGUGAUUCAAUACGUUGGAUAUUAAAUGAUCCAAGUCAUAUGCAUACAUCAUUAGCUAUUAGAAUCAGAGAACAAUUUAAUCGAGGUGAAUGUAUUUCAGAUGAACUAACAGCUCAAGCUAUUCAAACAUUAUUAAUGAAUGGUCUUUAUUUCACACGUGGAUAUAUUUUAGAAAAUUAUCCAUUAACUAGAGAACAAGGUGAAUUAUUAUCGGUUUUGGGAGUUCGACCAAAUCUUGUUAUUGAAUUAAUUGUAAAAAAUGAAAAACAAAAAGAAGAAUUAAUUGUACGAGGAAUUACACAAUCAUCAAUCACAAAUCAAGUAAAACUGUCCAAAUCAAGUCUUUCAUUUCUUACCUUUGAUGAAAAACAUAUGACGACAAAUGGGACUGUAGAAGAACACUAUUCAGAUAAUGAACCAGAAAGAAGUGAAGAAGGAUUCAAAUUGCCUGAACCAGAAGUGGAUAUUGCACAAGAGUUAGUUAUUCGUUUAGCAGCUUAUGAUAACAUCAUAUUACAACUUAAAGAAUGGUAUUUAUCUCGUAACGGAAUUCUAGUUGAAUUAGAAGCUGUUCAAAAUCGCUGGUUAUUAUGGCGUAAAGUGAUUUAUUUAAUUAAGCAUAGGAUGAGACAUAUUGAAGAAUAUAUGGAAAGAAUAACUGCUCGUAAGUUAUAUCUUAAUCUCUCCAUUUUACAUGUUGCAUGAUACACAGUACAACAUAGUACCAACCUAUCAUUUUCAUGAAAUGAAAACAAUAGUCCUUCGCCAGACCGUACCUGCUACCUCGACGUGGGUGUCAAGCUUGCCUAUUGCGAUGAUUUAACUGACCUAUAUUGGCUGGGACACAUGUUCCUUCAAGUCCUACCACGUCACCCAGAUAGGUUGGAAAACUGUAACACUGGAAGCAAUAAUUUAAGGCACGAAGGGAAAGUCGUACUACUGAUUGUAGAGAGGUAUAAAACAGCAGUAAGAUGUUUCCCUCAGACAACCAGCAUCUGCAGUGAUGCUUCCUCCUCGCAACAGAAAGAAGUGGUUAGAAAAGGUCGAUUCUCAAAGUAUCACACCUCACCUUCCCCCCCUCCCCGAGAUUACCGUCUCUGGCGGCAAGGCGUUCGGAAGUGAGGAGAUAACACAUCGAAAACGUCCCAUAAGAAGGCCGUGAGCGGUCGGAAUCAAGCAGUUGUCCGUUGGGCUGUGUGAUCACACUCCCAGCUCGCUAGGGCUGCACUGAUUCAGCUCCUUCUUCAGGUCCCUCAAGAAGAAAUAUCCUUCUGCGGUGUCGGCGACUGGUAAGUGACAACUGUCCUUAUAUCUUUAUCAGUAUACGGGAUUAUCUUGUUGACAAUACACUCUGAGACUUCAUUUACUGGAAUUCAUUUUGUUUUUUUCACUGCUUUUUCUAAACAAAUGAAUAUUAACGACUUAGAUAAAGCUGCCUCUAUAGCUGAAUUAGGAAUUGAACAGUGUGAAUAUGAUAAAUUAACCAGUGAAUUCCGUCAAUAUUGUCCUGUGGCAUUGAGGGAAAGGCAAGAGUUAGAAGAUACAAUUGAUGAACCUAAACAACGAUUCAUUGUUCAGUUAAAUAUCAACGACAAUCAAAUAAACAAACCACAUUUUAUCAAUUCAACAAAACAUAAUUUGCAGAAAAUGUUACAUAAUAAUGGUUAUUACAGUAGUAAAGAAAAUGAAUAUACCAACAUGAAUAAUCAAAACAAUGAUAUCAACAGUGAUGUUGCCACUUCCAUUGAUGAUAAUAAUAAUAGUAAUGAAUUGAAUAAUUUAAUUUAUAUCCAUACAUCAAUGCGUUUUACCGCUGAAUACGAAGGACGUUAUUAUCGUAUGGCUGGAUCAAGUGAACUACAAGCAUUUCUAGCAAAUCCAACAAGAUAUGUUUCACCGAAUAAUAUAAAUGCAUUACCAGAAAAUGAACUAAUACCAAUACGAUUGAAAGGGGAUAAAUUAAAGCAAAUACAUGAUUCAUUCCCUAAACAAUUAGCUUUAAAUGGCUAUUGUCCGGUUUGCUUUUAUGAUAGUAAAUUGCGUUAUGAAGGUUUAAAAUUAGGAUUACCGGAAUACUUGGCUAAUUACGAUCACAAAAUAUAUGCAUUCUGUUCAAAUAAUUGUCUAUUGAAUUUCCUCAGAAAACCUGUUCUUUUUGCUAAUCUACAACUUCCCCACAAAUUGCCACCAGUUGCAAACCCUAUAACAGUGAAAUCAUUACCAUUGCCUGGUUUUCUUGAGCAAACAUUAGCUGUAGCCCUUCGUAGGGCAUUAUCUUCUAUGAGUCAAGAAAGGCCAAAGUUUCCAUUCAUUACAAUUAAACGAUCAGCAUUGAUCUAUAUGGGAUUACAUUUAAAAGCUUAUAAUCCACGAUUUCUGAUAAACGAACAAAAGAAAAACCAACAAAAGUUGGCCAAUUAUAUGAAUGCUUGUCACCUAAUACCAUGGUUGGCUAAAUCUAUGCCAAUUCAAUUUCUUCCAGUCUCCAAACGUUCAAUGGAAUUCAAUACAAAACUAGAUCAGUUUCUUGGCCUUGAAAAGCAUAAAGAUCUCCCUGAAACGUGGAUUCAUUAGACUACCAAUAAAUACACAUAAAUCGUAUAUCUAAUGAAUAGUUAACUAAAAUGUGGAAGUCUAUGUAAACGGAAUUACAAGCUGGAAACUAAUGAUCUAUAAAUUCACAUAUAUUCCCAAAUGUUGAUGAGUGAAAUUGUUUCCAACCAGUGAAGACUUAAGCGUGUAAUUGUUAUGGCAACUACUUUCCGUUGUGCAUUAUUUCCGAUACUCAUUAUAACAAACUAUCGUACUUUAAAUAGCCUAGCAGUCAUUUGACGGUUAAAACACUGUACAAGUAUGAUCAUUUCAGACUCAAUUUCUAUUUGGUUA